AGCCCAGCAGCUGGGGCUGACAUUUUGCAGAGGCUCAGACGCGCCAGGACGAAGGGAGCCCGCGUGGGGAGGCUGCGGGUGAGCAGGACUCAGGGCAAGGCGGCCCAGGAGCUGCAUCCCAGCACGGGAUGGACGAGACCAAACCACUGAAGGUGCGUCUCACCUUCUGCGUGCUGCUGGUGGGCGUCUCGCUGCUCUUCGCGGCCGUGGUGACGGACCACUGGGCUGUGCUGAGCCCCAGGGUGGAGGACUUCAAUGCCACCUGCGAGGCGGCUCACUUCGGGCUCUGGAGGCUCUGCACGAAGAGGAUUCAGAUGCAGGAGCAAGGUGCCAAAGAGAGGGGCUGCGGGCCCAUCAGUCUGCCUGGAGUUCAGAACUGCUCCUAUUUCAAGCACUUCACACCCGGACAGAGCUCGGAGAUAUUUGAAGUUACCACCCAGAAAGAAUACAGCAUUUCAGCUGCAGCCAUCGCCAUCUUCAGCGUUGGCUUUGCAAUCAUCGGAACAAUCUGCGUCCUCUUCUCCUUCCAGAAGAAGAGGGACUACCUGCUGAAGCCAGCAUCCAUGUUCUACACCUUUGCAGGUCUCUGCAUCAUCAUCUCCGUGGAAGUCAUGAGACAGUCUGUGAAAAGGAUGAUCGACAGCAAGGAAACAGCCUGGAUGGAGUACAGCUACGCCUGGUCCUUCGCCUGUGCCUGUUCCGCCUUCGUCCUGCUCUUCGUCUUCGGAAUCAUCCUCCUCCUCAUCGCGCUGCCCCGCUUCCCCCAGAACCCCUGGGAGACCUGCAUGGAUGCAGAACCUGAGCACUGAUGCUCCCCCCAUCCCCGAGAGAAGCCAGAGAGUAUCUUGAUAAAGUUUGUCUUUUUUAAGAUGUCGGGAUCUCACUGUACGAUGGGCACUCCAUUAACAAAGCCAUUAAUGAACCAAGGCAUGUUCAGUUGUAA